AGUGCAACUUCGAAAUGUGUCCUUUCCGGUGACGCAGAAACGUCCAAUGUGUUGUGUUGUUGCGUCGAUAGCUUAGCAUAGGAGCUAAAAACACCUUAAAAGCUACGUUUGAAAAACGCCAACGGUGGCCUCGAUGGGACCGGACCAGACGGAACCGGGUCUACCGGCGGACCCGGUGGGCAGGCGGGUGUCCUGCGACGGGGAGCGGGCCACGGUGCUGUAUGUGGGCCCGGUGCCGCCGACGGCAGGUGAGAAAGAACCGGGGUUUUCUGUCUCUGGUCAGAUCCUGGAGUGCGCCCCCAUGUGGCCACAGCUGGAGGAUCUGUGUGUAGAAGACAACAACAUCACAGAGUUGCAGAGGCCGGACGGAGUCCUGCAGUCUCUGAAGAGUCUCAAUGUGUCCUGUAAUCCUCUAGAUCAGCGCAGUGUGCUCAGCCUAGCGGCUCUGCCCAGAAAGGAGAUACUGGGGGGCAUUAACUACAACUUCUUCUUCUGGCUGGGUCUUUCCUCCGUAGGAUCUCAAACCUCCUUGUUCCCAGCACUGAAGAAUCUCAACCUGGAUAACAACAACAUCUCGGAGUGGCGUGUGGUGGACGAGCUGGCGAAGCUCCCCAGUCUGGCCCAGUUUUCGUGUAGCGGGAACCCGCUGGUGAGCAGUGAUGGAAACCCCAAGACAGCCAUGCAGAUGCUGAUCGCCAAACUGGGACAAGUGGUCCUCCUCAACCGCAAUAUACUGCGGCCUGAGGACCGGAGGGGGGCGGAGCUCGACUACAUCAAGAUGUUCGGCGAGGAGUGGCUGAAGGCUGGGGGGGCGAGCCAGCUCAGUACCCAGUUCUCCAGCCAGCACCCCCGUUACCAGAGACUCAUCAGCAAGUACGGCGCUCCAGAGGAAGGCGAGCUGAAGAAACAGGAACCCUUCGCCCUGAAAAACCAGCUGUUGAGGAUUAACUUUGUGUUUCCUGACGACGCCGACCGGAAGCCGAUUGAGAAGAAACUUCCAGCGUCCAUGGUGGUUCAGAAGGUGAAGGGACUCCUGUACCGACUGCUGAAGGUUCCUGCAGCCGACCUGAAGCUCACCUACACCUGCAACCAGAAGGUGGGGACGGAGUUUGAGAUCGACAGCGACCUGAAGACUCUACAGUUUUACUCCAUAGAGGACGGAGACCAAGUGUUGGUGCGCUGGUCCUGACCCGGGACCAGGUGGUGGAGAUCGGGACGCUCGGUCCACAGCAGAGACAGAACAGAGACCCAGCAGAGACACAGCAGAGACACAACAGAGACACAACAGAGACACAGCAGAGACCGAUCUUAACUUGUGUGUUUGACCGAGACACAGACUCACACUGGAUUGUGCGUGUCAGAAACUAAACUGCACCACGUUCCUUCAGGACUCAGAGUCCUCUUUGAGUCCCUGA